AUGAGUAAACUCGAGUCUGGCCAGAACCAGGUCGUCAAGUCACGACGCUGGCUGGGCACCUCCAAGAUCCCUGCUGUUCCAGAGGAACGUCAGGUCUCUCCUGAAUAUAAAUCAUCAUGGGUUGGAAAGUUGACCUUUAAUUGGAUGGGUGGUGUUAUGUCGGCUGGAUACAAACGCAAGCUUGAAGCCACUGAUAUUCCUCUUAUUAACCCAUCAAGAUGUGUUCAAGACCACAACUCCGAGUUCAGCACCUAUUUCGCCGAAUAUGUCGCUGACGAGAACUGCAAAUCCCCGCUGCUCAAGGCCAUUCACAAGACUUUCUUUCGAGAGUUUUGGUUGGCUGGUUUCUUCCGUAUCGCCUCCGAUCUGCUCACUGUUGCAAGUCGUUACUCUAUCCGCUACCUGAUCAACUACUUGACCGAUGCCUAUAUCGCAAAUAUCCCCGGUAGUGGCUACGAUAUGCCACAGCUCGCCCUGGGAGUCGGCCUGGCAGUCGGCUUGAUUGUUAUGAAUAUCUUCAUGAGUUGGACUCAACAGCACUUUUUGUACACUGGACAGGCAGUUGGAGCCCAGGUCAGAGCGGUUUUGACGGCCAAGAUUCAAGAAAAGAGCAUGAAGAUCUCCGAGCGAGCCAAGGUUGGUAUCACUGUUACAACUGUGGAAGCCAGCAGUUCAGAGGAUUUGGACAACGAUGGCGAGUCUGAAUUCUUUGACCCUGAGAUUGAGUACGAGAACGAGAAGGGUGAAUUGGUGGAGGUUCACGGUCAAGGCUGGUCCAAUGCCCGCAUUACUAACCUGAUCAACAUCGAGGCCAACCGUAUUGAUAACUGUAUCGCCAUGAUCCACAUGGCCUGGACUGCUCCCAUUAUCAUUGUGCUCUGCAUGACACUGAUUCUUGUGAACAUCUCCUACUCCGGUCUGUCUGGUCUUGGCUGCAUUAUCUUUUCCUUCUACGCUCUCGGUGUUGCUGUUAAGAAGCAGUGGGUUCGUCGUCACGGUGUCAACCAGCUCAACGAGGCUCGUGUGAGUCUUACUCAGGAAGUCAUCUCCACUAUUCGCAUGGUCAAGUUUUUCGGUUGGGAGCCCAGCUUCCUUGACCGUCUGACUCGCAUUUCUGAUGAGCAGAGCUCCGAGGCUACCUACCUUGCUAUGAUCUUCAACUUCACCAUGGCUUUGGGUCAGUCCCUGCCUAACAUAGCAGCAAUGGCCAGUUUCAUUACAUACGGUACCGGUAGUGGUAAUGCGCUCGACAUCGCAAUUGUUUUCUCCAGCACUGCUCUCUUCCAAUCUUUGCUUCUUCCCUCUACUUACCUCCCAGCUGUCUUGGGUCAGGUCUCCCAGUCGGGAGCUGGUCUCAAGAAGAUCCAGGAGUUCCUUCUCGCUGAGGAGAAGGAGGAGGUUGAGAUUGACCGGGACAUGAAGGACGCUAUCAAGAUCGAAAAUGCUGAGUUCAGCUGGGACAAGAGCCAAGCUGCUCCUCCUGAGGAGGAGAAGGACGCUGACAAGGAUAAGAAGAAAGAUGAGCUUAAGAGUGAUGGUUCAUCUGAUGUUACUCUAUCUCCUGAUGAGGACGCGGUUGAUCCAAAUGCUCCGUUCAUUCUGCCAUCUCUCUCUCUGAAGAUCCGCCGUGGUGAGCUCCUCGCUGUCAUCGGUGGUAUCGGUGCUGGUAAAUCCUCUCUGCUCUCGGCCUUGAUGGGUGACAUGCGGAAAUCAGGCGGAAGACUCAGACUUUCUUCUGAGGUGGCAUACUGUCCUCAAGCUGCAUGGAUUCAGAGCGCCACUGUCCGUGAAAACAUUCUCUUCGGUUCUCCUUACGACCCUUACUGGUACGAAACUGUUGUGAACGCCUGUCAACUGCGCCGCGACUUUGGUAUUUUCGCCAACGGUGAUGCUACUCACAUUGAUGAGAAGGGUUCCAACAUGAGUGGUGGACAGAAGCAGCGUGUUAGCUUGGCUCGUGCUGUUUACUCCAAGAAGGACAUUGUGUUGCUGGAUGAUGUGCUUAGCGCUGUCGAUCCCCAUGUUGGAAUUGCGAUCUUCGAUCAGGCAAUUCUCGGUCUCCUUCGUCACAAGACUGUUAUCUUCUCGACUCACACUACCCAUGUCUUGGACCGCUGCGACCGAAUUCUCUGGCUGGACCAUGGUGCGGUCAAGGCGAUCGGUACCUUCAACCAAGUCAAGUCUCAACACUCUGAAUUUGGCGAGAUGGUCAACCAAUCCCACGAUGAUGAAAAUGAAGAAAAGAAAGAAGACGAUGAAUCCGAUGUUAGCAAGGAUGCCAAGAACAUCAUGGAGACUGGCUUCUCUGAUUCCAAGAACUCCACUCAGAUCACUAUGCAGGAUAACGAACCUCCGACCGAGGCAGGAGAGCCAGUUGUGGUUCCAUCUGAUUCUAAAUCGGCGGGUGUCAGCUUGAUGACUGUUUGCAAGGCCUACCUGGCCAGCACCAAAAGCUGGAUUCCUAUCAUUAUGGCCUUCCCGCUGCUUUGCGUCGCAUUGGCCGGAGUUAUGCUUUGCGGUAUCUGGCUGAGUGCUUGGGCAGAGGAUACCUACGGCCUCUCACGAAAUGCUUACAUCGGUAUCUAUGUUGCUAUCGGAUUGAGCAUGGCUAUUUCUAUCUACCUUUACGGUAUCUGUGUCGCCUCUGCCUGUCACUCUGCUAACCUCGCCAUGCUUAAGAAUGCGCACGUCCGCGUCGUGAAUGCCCCCACUUGGUUCUUCGAUGUCACUCCUCUCGGCCAGGUCGUCAGUCGAUUUGCAAAGGAUUACAAUGUGAUGGAGGACGCUCUCCCAGAGGCCUUGCGUCUGUUCUUCUACUCGGUCGGCACCAUCCUGGCUAUCUGUAUCCUCAUCAUCUACCACUUCCCCUGGUUCGCUCUUGCUGUCGGCCCUUGCUGCAUCAUCUUCUUUAUUGCUGUGCUCUACUACCGUGGCUCUGCCUCUCAACUGAAGGUCUACGAAGGUAACUUCCGAGGUGCUGUUGCUGGUCGCUUUACAGAGACCCUUUCUGGUGUCCCCACCAUUCGGGCUUACUCUCAGCAAUCCGCCUUCGCUUUGAAGAUGCAGAAUGCCGUUGAUGACAUGGUCAGCGCAAGUCUGUUGAGCUUUGGUAGUCAGAGAUGGCUGGCCUUCCGAUUGGAUUUCUUGGGUAUUCUGCUGAUUGUUGUGGCUGUCAUGCUGGUCAUGAUCGACAAGUACACUCAGAACCCAGGUGUUUCUGCUGUUGUCCUGACCUACUCUCUCGCCGCUGUCCAGUCCCUUCAGUACAUUAUCCGUCAAUGGGCCCAAGUCGAGGUCUCCUUGAGUUCCGUGGAACGCAUGUUCAUUUACUCUUUCGAGAAGAGCUUCCCUGCUGAGGGUAACAACAACAAGACCAUCGAGGCCGCUCCUCGUUCUUGGCCCGAGCAGGGUGCGAUCAAUUUCUCCAAUGUGCGCAUGCGCUACCGUUCCGGCCUUCCUGAGGUUCUCUGUGGAUUGAACUUAAACGUUCGACCCGGCGAGCACAUCGGUAUUGUUGGUCGUACUGGUGCAGGUAAAUCAUCACUCAUCAGUGCACUGUUCCGAGUCUGCGAACUUGCCCGUGGAACUGUGUCUAUUGACGGUGUUGACAUCUCAAAACUUGCUCUUUCGGAACUUCGACCCCGAAUCUCCAUCCAGCCCCAGGAAUCCUUGUUGUUCGCUGGUACUGUCCGCGAUAACAUUGAUCCCUUGGGCGUGCACACCGACCAGGAACUCUGGCUCGCUCUACGUGGUGCCUGGUUGGCUGAUUCCAUGCAACUUGAUGACGCUGUCGAGGAAGAAGGUGCCAACUUUUCCCACGGUCAACGCCAACAGAUCGGUCUGGCUCGUCUCCUUGUCAAGGACAGCAAAAUUGUCAUUUGUGACGAGGCUACGUCCAGUGUUGAUGCCGAGACCGACCAAAAGAUCCAACAGACCAUGGUCAAGGCAUUCAAAGGAAAGACUUUGCUUACUGUGGCGCACAGAAUCCGCACUAUCAUCCACUAUGACAGAAUUUGUGUUAUGGAUCAUGGCCGGAUUGCGGAGUUGGGCACACCAUAUGAGCUUUUCCGCCGUGGUGGUGUAUUCAGAGAGAUGUGUAUUACCAGUGGCAUCACAGAGAGAGAGAUUCUCAGCCAUCAUUCAUGA